AUGGCGUCGUAUCGCGCCUUUGACGAGGAAAAGGCAUACCUGUAUCGGGAAGCCGAUAGCCAUACCAUCCUGAACGUCAGGAGGGGGUUUGUUCCCGGCAUGCAUGUACCUGGGGAGGUGUACGUUAACGAUGCUCUGGAGAGUCUGUUGCUAGAUGAGCUGAGGGCAUAUUGCGGCUCGCGGGGGUGUGGAGGAUUUCUUCCCGCCGUAAAGCAGGUGGCUAAUGUUGCGACGCUUCCAGGGAUUGUGGGCAAGAGUAUUGGUCUCCCUGAUAUUCAUGCCGGCUAUGGCUUCGCAAUAGGGAAUGUGGCGGCCUUUGCUUGCAAAAAUCCCGAUGCAGUAGUAUCUCCGGGGGGCGUUGGCUUUGAUAUUAAUUGCGGCGUGCGACUUUUGAGGACGAACCUCAGAGAAGAGGACGUGAGGCCGAAGCAGGAGGAGCUUGCCCAAGCGCUCUUCGACUAUAUUCCAGUAGGAGUUGGCUCACAGGGGAUAAUACCGUGUAACAUGAAAGAUUUAGAUUCGGCGCUUGAGAUUGGAACAGACUGGCUGUUGCGGCAGGGGUAUGCUUGGACCGAAGACAAGGAGCACUGCGAGGAGUACGGGAGAAUGCUGUCCGCGGAUCCCUCCAAAGUUUCGAUAAGGGCCAAGAAAAGGGGCUUGCCGCAAAUGGGGACGCUAGGCGCUGGCAAUCACUACUGCGAAGUGCAGGUUGUUGACGAGGUGUUCGACGCUUUCGGUGCCAAGAAAAUGGGCCUGGAAAAGGGCCAAGUGUGCGUGAUGAUUCAUUCGGGUAGCCGGGGCUUGGGGCACCAGGUUGCAACCGACGCGCUUGUGGCCAUGGAAACUUCCAUGCAGAAAAGCCACAUCAAUCCCAUCGAUAAGCAACUCGCAUGCGCCAGGAUACAGUCUCAAGAGGGCCAGGAUUACUUAGCUGCAAUGGCCGCUGCAGCGAACUUCGCGUGGGUGAAUAGGGGCGCAAUAUCCUUCCUCGUGAGAGAGGCCUUUGCGAAAGUUCUUGGCGCAUCUCCUGACGAUCUGGACAUGCAUGUUGUGUAUGACGUCUCUCACAACAUCGCGAAGCACGAAGAGCACUUCGUCAACGGAGAGGUGCAGAGCUUGCUAGUGCAUCGCAAAGGCGCAACACGCGCGCUACCACCACAUCACCCCCUCAUUCCGUGUGCCUACCAGCUCAUCGGACAGCCGGCGCUAAUUGGAGGGACCAUGGGAACGUGCAGCUAUGUCCUCCUCGGUACCGAAAAGGGCCUCAAAGAGACUUGGGCCUCUACAUGUCACGGUGCUGGAAGGGCAAAGAGCAGAAAUGCUAGCAGAAAUACGCUUUCCUUUGAGGACGUCAUGCGACGUCUAGAAGAAAUGCGCAUCUCCCUGCGCGUGGCCUCCCCCAAGUUGGUGGCUGAAGAGGCCCCUGAGUCGUACAAGGAUGUUUCCUCCGUUGUGGAUACCUGUCACGAGGCGGGUAUCUCAAAGAAGUGCGCAAGGCUCAAACCCAUCGCUGUUAUCAAAGGCUGA